GAAAAAAAAACCGAAGACAUAUAUCCUCCUCUCUGUUGGCGUGGCGCUCCUACUCCCCAACCAUAAAUAACCUCACCCGCUCUCCCUCCGCCCUCUUCCCAUGCACCGCCCGCUGCCGUGCCCGCCCUGCCCUCCACCUUCUCCCGGCGCAAUAAACAAGUCGAGGCGAGGCGAGGCGGCAGCGGCGGCGGCGGCAUUGCCGAGAUUUCCGUGAUUCUUGCGCUUGUUAGUUGUGCUGUGUAUAGUUGGGCCGGCCGGGGGUGGUUCCGUUCAGUUCCUUAUCUGUUGGAGUAGUCGUCGGCGGCGAUGGGUAUCCUCGCGCUCAUCACCGGCAAGGCGGGCGCCAGCGGGUUCGGGUCGGCGUCCACGGCGGAGCAGGUCACCGACGGCGCUGACGCCAGCCGCCUCACCGUCGCUAUCACAGGAGGAGCUAGUGGCAUUGGUCUGGAGACAUCAAGAGUCUUCGCCCUGAGAGGAGCCCAUGUGGUCAUCGCUGCUAGAAACACAGAGGCUGCAUCAGAAGCAAGAAAGACCAUCAUGGAGAAGAACCCAACGGCACGUAUUGAUGUUCUGAAGCUAGACCUCAGCUCCCUCAAGUCUGUCAGGGCUUUUGUGGACCAGUUCAACUCGAUGAAACUCCCUCUAAACAUCCUGAUAAAUAAUGCAGGCGUCAUGUUCUGCCCUUUUCAACUGUCUAAAGACGGGGUCGAGAUGCAGUUCGCGACAAAUCAUCUAGGACACUUUCUGCUUACCAAUCUCCUCCUUGAUACCAUGAAGGCCACUGCCAAGUCUACGGGCAUUGAGGGCCGCAUUGUGAACCUGUCAUCAGUCGCCCACCACCAUACGUAUCCGAAGGGAAUUGACUUCGAUAACCUCAACGAUGAGAAAAUAUACAACGACAAAAUGGCUUAUGGACAGUCUAAGCUGGCGAACUUGCUGCAUGCGAAGGAGCUCUCUAGAAGGCUGAAGGAAGAAGGAGCAAACAUCACAGUUAACAGUGUCCAUCCUGGAUUGAUCAUGACCAAUUUGAUGAGGCACUCCUUUGUUCUCAUGAAGGUGCUUCAGGUUGCCACUUACAUACUGUGGAAGAAUGUACCCCAGGGAGCUGCGACUACUUGCUACGUAGGACUGAGCCCUCAACUCAAGGGAGUGACAGGAAAGUACUUUGCUGACUGCAACGUGGAGAAGACGAGCAAACUGGCGAGGAGCGAGGAGUUGGCGAAGCAGCUCUGGGACUUCAGCGAGGAGCUGAUCAAGUCUGCGAAGUGAGAGCCGAAAGAGCUGGAUCAGAGAAAAUGUUGUGGUCCUGCUUGGCAUCUAGUGGUACAAGUGAUGACUGAUUAGUAUAUAGCACGGAGGAGGAACCUGGGCGAUGGCUGGACCUCAUGGUGUUCAGGAAUAAAAUCUGCUUGCUUUCGUACAUUAAUUAGUCCGGUGUGGCAAACAUCAAUUUGUAGUGCUGUCAAUAUCUGUUCAAUAUACGUGCAGCUCAGUUCUGACUUGAAAAAUGCAGAGUCGUGUUUGCCUGAAACAUGUCGUUUCAACCAGUGUUUGAUUCUUUUUCGUUAUUUGGUUCAGCAUCCGAAUUGUGAGUA